UCCGUGGACGGCUGGAGGAGUCCGGGAGUCCGUCGAUUUGACCGUGGGCUGGCACAGGGGCGAGACCCAGAGGACGGCGCGGAGCGUGGGCGAAGGUCUUAGUAGGAGAUCUAGCCUCCCCUUCCGCCCCGAAAUGUGGCGCCCGCUGGUCCUACUGCUGCUGCUCCCCUCCAUCCUGGUGCCCCCAUCCACUGCCGCCCCAAUCCGCGAUGGUGACUUCCAGGAGAGCUCCUCGGGCUUGCUAGGCCUCCAGAGCCUACUCCAAGGCUUCAGCCGGCUUUUCCUGAAAGAUGACCUGCUUCGGGGCAUGGACAGCUUCUUCUCUGCCCCUAUGGAUUUCCGGGGACUCCCCAGGAACUACCACCAAGAGGAGAACCAGGAGCGCCGGCUGGGGAACAACACCCUCUCCAGCCAUCGCCAGAUUGACAAGAUGACCGACAACAAUACGGGAGAGGUGCUGAUCUCCGAGAAGGUGGUGGCAUCGAUUGAGCCAGCAGAGGGGAGCUUUGAGGGUGACUGGAAGGUGCCCAAGAUGAAGGAGAAGGAAGCCCUGGUGCCUGUGCAGAAGGCUGUGGAUGACUUCCAUGUGGAGCCCCGUCCUCGGGUGGCCUUCUGGAUCAUGAAGCUGCCCCGGCGGAGGUCCCACCAGGAUACGCAGGAGGGCAACCACUGGCUCAGUGAGAAGCGGCACCGGCUGCAGGCCAUCCGGGAUGGGCUGCGCGAGGGAACCCACGAGGAUCUCCUCCAUGAGGGCCCCCAAGGCUCCUUACACCCCAGGCUACCAGCCCGCAAAGCCCACUUCCUGUACAUUCUCAGGCCCUCCCAGCAGCUCUAAGAUGGGGACUGGGAGUGUGUAUCCCCACAGACCCCACCCCCA